UCGAAGAAAAUCUGUUGGAAAUAUAUAUAAUUUUUUAAAAUAUUAUUUUACGACAUGUAAGCGUUAAAAUUUACGCUUCUUUACUUCCUGUAAAGCUAUAAUUCAUCGACAAAUCCUUUCUAACUUGCAAUUGACCAUUUUCGUGGAUUCCAAAUCUUCAUAAGACUUUUAUUAACCAUCAUCUAUUACUUACAGUAUUUUUAUCUUCUGGAUGCAUUAUUUAUUUAUCGUUUCGUGUACAAUUCCUAUCAAGACAAAUUUAUUAUUUUUAUCUUAUUUACUAUAGUAUAAAUGACUAGACAAUAUUACGCGAUUUUUCUCUGUUUUAUGGGUACAUUCACUUUACCAUUUAUACAAUAAAUUCAUUGGAUAUUUUAUUAUAUAAAAUUAUUUAGAGAAGAAAGGAGAGUAAAAAUUGAUACACAUUUUGAUAAUGGCGAAAAUACACGCACGUAUAUAUAUACGUUAGUCGAUUUUAUGUAUGGACAUUUCUAUUGGCAAUAGUAAAAUUUUCUAAAUUAGAUGGCAUUUGUAAUAUUUUUCUGAUUUAUUCGCCAUUAUCCUAUUUCAACUAUUAAGUUAAAGAGAGCAAGUCCUGCAGAUCACAAAAUCAAUGCUUUAGAUACCAGGAAACAUCCGAAAUUUACAUGUAACCAUCAUCACACGGGCUUGAUCCAUGUAACCAUAAACCUUAUAGUAAAUGAUUGUAUCAUAGAACUUCAGUGAAAAGAAAAUAUCCCAAUUCCCAGAUAAAAAUUCCAACACAAAUAAGUGAUAAUAUGCCGACUAUUCUCUAGAUUUAUUUUUGGAACAUCGAAUACAUUGCUAAAGUUCGUUCAACCGUUGAUGAUCCUAGAAAUAAACAAAUUACUCUCUGGACUAUUUUCUUUGUUCUUUUAUUGUCUAUCCUUCACCUUCUGACGUCACCAUUUACGUCAAAAGUGAAUGACAUCCGUUUGCCCGGAACGAGUUGGGACUUUUGCCAAAAUUCUCUUCCUCGUGUUCUGUAGCAAUGACAUCUUUUCGUCUCCUUCUACACCUUCUGUCUAAUUCAGAUGCUUCUAUAUUGAGAUGCCGUAUAAUGGAUAAGCACCAGUGACCAGGGGAUAAUUUCUCAUCAAUGGAUAUAUUUAUUUGUUCUAUUUUCACCUAAAAGCGUUACAUUAGUAAAACUGCGGGAUUCUUUACAACGCCAUGUUAAUCGCCAAUGGAAACCCGCAAAAGAUCGCCAUCUUGUGUGUGUUCGUUUGCUGGACGACUGCAGUUCGGGUGUUCGGUCCUUGUCCUUUUCGAUGCAUCUGCGACGACGUCGAAUUGGCUGUCAGGUGUGAUAAUGCCGGUCUCGACGUCGUUCCCAUCACUCUCAAUCCAGGUCUCCGAGAACUGUAUCUUGGAAACAACAGGAUCAAGAGUAUAAUGUCCUCCUUUUCUGUUUACAAUGACUUAGAGUAUUUAGAUAUGUCAAAGAAUCAGUUGGUGUCUCUUGGAAAAAACAAUUUCGAAAUCCAGAGGCGCCUCCGUAUUUUGCACCUAAACGACAACAUGGUCUCUUCAUUGAACAAUCAUACUUUUCGGGGUUUAAUAUCUCUCCAAGUUCUUCGACUGGAUAAGAAUUUCCUCUUAGAAAUUACGGCUAAUGUGUUUCAAAGUCUUUCAUCCUUGGAGAUACUCGAUUUAUCUCAAAACAGAAUAUCUAAUUUGGCUCCUGCAGCUUUCAGUGGACUAUAUCAAUUAAAGAAAUUAUUACUAAGGGACAACAAACUGAUGCAAAUACCAACAGCUUCCUUCCAGAGAAUCCUAGGAUUGCAGUUUCUCAAUUUAGGAUUAAAUUCCUUUCAAGCUAUUCCCGGUAACGCCUUCUUUCCUCUUGUAAGCUUGAGAACUUUAGUUUUAGAUGGUUGUGGAAUUCAAAUGGUACAGCAAGGGGCCUUUAAAAGGUUAGAUAAUUUACUUACAUUGCACCUGGAAGAUAAUGAGCUCUUCUCUGUGCCUGUGGAUGCUUUGGGUGACAUUGGGCGCUUAGAGGAACUCCAUAUAGGACAAAAUAGGAUGACACAUUUUAAAGCUCUAUCUUUUCAAGGAUUGACAUCUCUGCGAAUUUUAGUUGCCAAUGGAUGUCACGAACUCGAAAGGAUAGAAAAAGGUGCAUUCGAAGAUAACACACGAUUAGAAAAAGUUGUUAUUAAUCACAAUCCGAGUCUAGUAUACGUGGAUCCCAAUGCAUUCUCCCAUUUGAAUCAUCUCCGAUACGUCAGCCUAAGAGGUAAUGCUUUCUACACAAUACCGGAAGACCUUUUACCUUGGGAGAAGUUGGAAUAUUUCGAUUUGAGAGACAACCCACUGACAUGUAACUGCAGUUUGCUAUGGUUAUGGAGUAUGUUACGAUCGAAGAAUUUUUCUUCGGAGUCUCCUGGAGAUACGACGCGUGUUUUGUGUGUAAGUCCGCCUCACCUUAGAGGAAGACCAUUGUCCGAAUCCAGAAUGGAAGACCUAGAUUGUUAUCAGAACACGAGAAGGCAAAUAGUGACAGGUACGGUGGCCGCCGCGGGAAUUCUAAUAUUAGCUACAAUAACUUUGGGAUUGUGGCAUCGCCAGAAAAUAGCUAGAGCUUUAGAAAAGAAGUGGAAACAGGACCAACAGGAAACGCAAUAUCAAAGAUCCGAAACGCCAGAAAAUCGAUAUGGACCAAUGACACGAGUUGUUCGUCCAACUCCGAAAAUAUCACCGAUAACUGAACUAUAGCACGUCCACCUGGGAUAUGCAACUUCCUUCGCGAUUACAAAAAAGAGAUUAUUUAUAGAAAAGUUGUAUUUGACGUUUGUCAAGAUGAUCCUGAAUUGAUACCACGCUGCUUCUUCCUAGUAUCUGCUCAGCGAUGCAAUAUUGUAUCAAAAAAUUAAUGAUGAUUAAUUCCAUCAAAGUAAUUCCCUUUAUCAACUUUUCCAAAUCCUUUUCCUCUUCCUGAAAAUUUUCCUAAACAUUCCCAUAUAUUUUUACUUUAUAGCAAUAACUUGUGUCCUAUCUUAUUUAUUAUCCUAUAUUCACUUUCCAAAUAAAGGUAUAUUUAUUGUAUCAUAAUUCUGUACAUAUUAAUUUAAUUAUUUUAAUUUCCAAAAUAAGAUAGGACACUAAGUGAUAUAGUUAAAAAAAACCUUCCUACCUCUUAUACCUGUUACCUAAUGUUUGAAAUCAAAUUUGUGUAUAUUUCUUGCCCACUUGUCUUCAAAUUCUCUUCCCUCAUCUAUCAAAAGAUGGAACAGUAAUUUAUAGGAAAAAAAUGAUACAAAACAAAAUAGUGAAGUAUAUGCAAUACAUUGAUUUGUGAACGAUUUGGGUAAUUAUUAAAUUUUAAUAAAAUGGCCCAAA